GUGAGUUUGAGCAGAGCGAGAAAGUGUCCGACUAAGACGCCGGAGCAGUAGACCCCCGCACACCAAGGGAACUCGUGUGCCACCGCCCACCACACUUGAGAUCCAUUCUCCUGCAUCUCCACGACACAUCGGGUGCUUUGUGUCACGAGCUAACGACAGGAAUCCGUCGAUUCCGCCGCUGUCGAAACUCCCCCCUCUCUGCGUCUUAUUCCGCGCGCCCGCAAUGGAUUCCAAGGUCUGGCAGCGUGCCGCUGCGGACUUGAACCCUCCUGGAGUGCCGAACUCCUUCCGUCACGCCAAGAACCAGCAGAAUAUUGCCAGUGUGCUACUUCGUCGCGAGUUUGGUGGCUCUAGACGUCAGAAAACUGUGCGCGCCAUCGGAGAGGACAAGGAAGAAAGCUUUUGGGCCGAGAGUGAGAGCUCUGCCAAGCACCAGAGUCGCUACUUUGAGUUGCCCCAGACGACAAAGUCCACGAUCUCCAUCGCUAUCAGUCCGGACGGAAAAACUUUCGCUUCGACCCAUGGAGACCACACUGUCAAGAUCAUUUGCAUCGAAACGGGCAAAGUUAUUCAGACAUUGGUGGGCCAUCCUCGAACUCCUUGGAGUGUCAAAUUCCACCCCACGGAUCCUCGAUAUGUAGCUUCAGGUUGUCUAGGAUUCCAAGUUCGGUUUUGGGAUAUUGAGACUGGUCGCUGCCUCUACGUGUCGACACUUCGUCACGCAAUUAUCUCAAUUUCCUUCCAUCCGUCAGGCGACAUUUUGGCGAUUGCUAGUGGAACAUGUGUGUACACAUGGGACUACCAGCACACUUGCCCACGGAUUGCAAUGUUCAGCUACCAGACCUUGCGGUCUGUCACCUUCUUGCCAGAUCCGUCUAAGAUCAUGGUCGGAGAAGCCAAUGAGCGCUAUGUGAGACCGCAAGGCCAAGCCCCACCUUCAGAUCUUACGGUCACCUUGACGAUGUGGGACUUCGAUCCGUCAUGGGCGUUAUCGCCAGAGCCGCUACUGACAAAAAAGGCAAUGAACAACAGCCGCGUGAUUCUCUCACAUGCUCUCAUUUACAAUGACGGUGGCUUCGACAUUUCACGAUGUGGACGAUACCUGGCAAUAUGUGCAGACUUUUCGUUACGGCAAGCGGAGAAGGAGGUGGAGAUGGAAGCAGAGAAUGAAGCAGCUACGGAUCUGGAGAGUAUUCUGUCCUCCGUACCAGCCACACAAGAGACGACCGCUGGUGGCGCUACGAGUCCAAGCGACGAUGUAAAUGACGUAUCUGUAUCGAACCCGCAAGCCACAACGUUAAAUGAAAGCAGCUCUUCAUCUGGUGCUGCAGCACGAACGACGAGAGGAAACGGCGUCGCUCCUCAAACUCUGCCAACAACGAUGCCAUUAUCCCUCCCCAUUCACCCGCCACCGCCACGACUUGUGCCUUUUUCUGGUAUGCACACGGGUGCUCCAAAUAUGCUAGCAGCGCUGCAGUCAGCAGCCGCAGACUUAUCCCUCACGAUGGAUCAGUACAUGAAUCAACAGAUACGACGUGUGAGACCACGACUGCACCCACCGCAUAGCAUCCACCGAUAUACUGCAGCCAUGGAGCCAGCACGGAGUACCGCCGCGCCCGCUGCCGUCCCUCAACAGAGAUAUUCACAGAUUCGACCAAACAUCGCGUUGAGUCGGACACGAUUCACUAGGAAUCAGCGCAACCGAAGGGGACGAUUAUCGUCCGAGAACCAGUCAACGUGGCUAGCUUUGAUAUCGCUGGAUCCUGAACAGCUUGGCCGUGUUGUCCAGACGUGUCACUUAGCAGAGACGGCGGCAGGCGGUGUUACCUCCGUGAAAAUCUCACCUACAUCAGCUUAUGUAUUGCUUGGCUACGGAGUACGAGACCGCAUACAACGUGAGACGGAGUUCCCAGUUCAUCGUGUAACUCGUAUUUAUCGAUGGGAAGACAUGGCGUUGCUGUCGCAUGUGGAAAGUGCCAUGGACGAUGUGAACAUUGCGCUCAAGGUAAACUGCGAGUGUGUAGCACCUUCCGCGGCGACUUCCACGACGAGGAGAACUGUAACGUCUUGGAUGGUCCGCGUCGUUGUCAUUACGAUCAAAAUGUAA